AUGCAGUGCUGGAGGUCCUGGCAUUCAGUAUCACUGGAUCAGCAGCGGCCCAUGGACGUUUGGCGUGCUGAUCCCGGACGAGCCCCCACGAUGUUACGGGCCCCAAGCAGUGGGGUUGCCGUAGCAUUCCUGCUCCAGCUCUUCGGCUCCACGUCCCGGCCCCGGCUCCACGUCCCGGCCCCGGCUCCACGUCCCGGCCCCGGCUCCACGUCCCGGCCCCGGCUCCACGUCCCGGCCCCGGCUCCACGUCCCGGCCCCGGUUUCACGUCCCGGCCCCGGCUCCACGUCCCGGCCCCGGCUCCACGUCCCGGCCCCGGCUCCACGUCCCGGCCCCGGUUUCACGUCCCGGCCCCGGCUUCACGUCCCGGCCCCGGCUUCACGUCCCGGCCCGCCCGGCUUCACGUCCCCGGCCGUCCCGGCUUUCCGUCCGGCCCCGGCUUCACGUCCCGGCCCCGGCUCACGCUUCACGUCCCGGCCCCGGCUUCACGUCCCGGCCCCGGCUUCACGUGCCGGUUACACCCCCCCGGUCCUUCCUACGGUCCCCCUCCUCCCUCCCUGGUUUUGUUUUUGGGACGUCUGGGAUCCGUCCCUUGA